AUGUCUCAUCGAACUAAGGGCAGCUCACUUACCGAACGCCGGCGGGAGCAGAACCGGAUCGCCCAGCAGCGACAUCGCAUGAGAGAAAUGGACCGCCAGUCUCCUGCCACCGACCAAUCGCCACAUAGCAGUCGAAUCCGUGGUGAAGCGCCAGUUUCCCCGAGCUUGUCCGGCUCCGCAGGGACAGCGGCCAGUGCAGAUACCAAUCUCUCGAUUUCGCAAGGCCCGAACCCGUUCUCCGCGGAAGACACAAUAAACUUUGGCGGUUUAGAAGACCUCAGCCUACCAGACAUACGAUCCGCUCUUGGAACAGCAGUACUGGGAUUAAAUGAAAACGUUGUCGACUACUACGAGUGUGAAAAUUCCAUGGCUUCCCCUAGACACACGCCUGUUGAGUCAAAUGGCAGCUGUAUCGAGUCCAAGAGCCCCCUUCAUAUGGCCGUGUCACAAGGCUCCAGGAAGAUUGUCCAACUGCUCCUGAAGCAUGGGGCCGAUUGCAACGCCAAAGAUGGCCAAGGCCUAACGCCUCUGGUCCAUGCCGUUAUAAAGGAACAAGAAGAAAUAGUGGAUAUGCUGCUGUCACAUGGUGCUCAAGUUCAAAUCGUGGACAAUAAUUACCAACGAUCUCCGCUGCACUGGGCCGUACUUAAACGCGAGGAUCGUCUCUUGAAGGUGCUUAUCAAGCACUGCGAGCAAAGUGUCGAAAUUAUCAAUGCGUACGAUGCUGAAGGGAAGACACCGUUGCACAUUGCUAUUAGCUUAGGUCUAGACGCGGCUGUUGAAUUCCUGCUGGAAGCUGGAGCUGACGUUGAAGCACCAACCAGGAUAAUGGCGAGCGGUGGGUAG